AUGGUUGAAGAGUUGUUACUCUCCACGUCCAUCCUUAGACUCCUUCUAGAGCCAUUUUAUUUUUCAAAGCGAGAAAGUCAGAUAAAGGGUGGAGAGCAGAAUGUGAGAGACAUGAGGAAAGGGGGCUGUAUGACAGAGCAGGCUGCUGAGAGUUCUGUCCUGGGGCAUCUUCAGGGUUAUGCUAAGGAGUUUGUUCUUCAGUGUGAAAUUCAGCAACCAGCUGAAUUUUCAGAACCUGAAUACCCUCGAGUUGAGUGUCAAAGAAGACAGCAAUUUUGGGAUCCUAUAAGGCUAGCUCUCUUCACAUUGGCAAUUGCAGCAAUCAUAGGAAUUGCAAUUGGUAUAGUUACUCAUUUUGUUGUUGAGGAUAAUAAGUCAUUCUGUUACCUUGCCUCUUUUAAAGUCACAAAUAUCAAAUACGAAGAAAAAUAUGCAGUGAAAACUUCAAGGGAAUUUAUAGAAAGGAGUCAUCAGAUUGAGAGAAUGAUGUCCAGGAUAUUUCGAAGCUCCACAGAAAGCCAAUUUAUCAACUCUUAUGUUAUCAGACUAAGUCCCGAUGAAGGUGGUGUGAAGAUUCUUAUGGUACUCAUGUUUCAAUACCCAUCUACUAGUAGUGCUGAAAGAAUCAAGAAAAGAAUUGAAUAUAUUUUAUAUCAAAGUCUGAAGAUGAAAAACUUGCCUUUGAGUAUAAACAAAACAUCAAUUACACUCACACCUAUCGACGGCAAAAAGACGAGGCAUCUUCUCAACAAUCGGUGUGGGAUAAGGAUGACAUCUUCAAACAUACCAAUACCAUCAUCCUCUUCUACUGAAAAGAUUGUCUUUGGAAGUGAAACAGCUAUGGAUGGGGAGUGGCCUUGGCAGGCCAGCCUCCAGCUCAUAGGCGCAGGCCAUCAGUGUGGAGCCAGCCUCAUCAGUAACACAUGGCUCGUCACAGCAGCUCACUGCUUAUGGAGAAAUAAAGACCCAAGUCAAUGGAUUGUUACUUUUGGUGUAACUAUAACACCACCUGAAGUGAAACGAAAUUUGAGGAAAAUUAUUCUUCAUGAAAAUUACCACAGAGAAACAAAUGAAAAUGACAUUGCCUUGGUCCAGCUUGAUACUGGAGUUCCGUUUUCAAGAAUAGUUCAGAGAGUUUGCCUGCCGGAUUCAUCUCUAAAGUUGCCACCUAAAACAAGCGUAUUUGUCACAGGAUUUGGAUCCAUGGUAGAUAAUGGACCUACACAAAAUAAACUUCGGCAAGCCAGAGUAGAAACCAUAAGCACUGAUGUAUGUAAUAGAAAGGAUGUGUAUGAUGGGCUGAUAACUCCAGGAAUGCUGUGUGCGGGGUUCAUGCAAGGAAAAGUUGAUGCUUGUAAGGGAGAUUCUGGUGGACCUCUGGUUUAUUCUGAUAAUCAUGGCAUCUGGUAUCUUGUUGGUAUAGUAAGUUGGGGACAAUCAUGUGCUCUCCCCAAAAAACCUGGAGUCUACACGAGAGUGACUACAUAUCGAGACUGGAUUGCCUCAAAGACUGACCUCUAG